AUGGCCGACGACGACGACUUCCAGGCGGCCGAUUUGUGCUGUGCUUGCGGUGGCGGCCGCGAGGACGUCCUGAGUUCUGCUUCUUGCUGGGACAAUUUUGAAAGCAUGUGUUGGCAUAUGCCGCGGAAUGCCCGGGCGUUCCUGUUCUACGUGAGGGGCCUUCUUGAAUAUUUGACGAGCCUGUCAGGAUUCAACGACAGCGUCACCGAGGUCGUCGAGAAGGAUUACGCUGGGGUCAAUCCCGACGAGGGCAUGAUGGCCGACCUCAUCGAGCACGUCGCGACCGGCGCCGUGGGGCGGGCUCUGGUCAGUGGCAUUUGGGAGUUGAUGCCUGGGCUCGCGCACCCGCGGGGGUUGUCCGGCUGCGACUUUCUCGCGUCGUACGAGGUCACGUCUUUGCUGAACCUCGACGCGUGCGCCGACGGGGACCACACGUCUCUGAGGUUCUUCUGCCCAAAAGCCUGCGGCUGCGACUCAUCGUUCGGCAUGGACGAGUGUCCCGUUGCUUGCGUCCUCACGGAGUGUUUGGAGGCAAAUGCAUCGUGUGCUCACGUGCACCCUUGGUACAGCGACGAGUGCCUCGCUGGGUAUCACAACGAUGGCGGGCGUCCUACGUGUCUCAGCUGCGCCGGCGGCGAGACGCGGCGGCGGCGGGCGGCCGACUGCACGGACUGCCCCGACGGCUUUUACGACAUUGGGAAUUUGGACGACUGCGUGUCGUGCGUGGGUGGAGCCGUCCGGCGGCGACGCUCCCAGUCCUGCACUGACUGUGCCCCGGGCUAUGUUGACGCCGGCGACAGCGACGAGUGCAGCCCUUGCGUGGGAUGCACCACGACCCGCAGGCGGUCUGUCUUCUGCGCAGAGUGCGCGACUGGGAGGUACAACGAGGGGGGCAUGGAGGACGACUGCCAGUUGUGCCUCGGCGUUUGGACGACGAGGCGGCGCGCGUCCACUGCAAGCGAGUGUCCGGCUGGCCACUAUAACGACGGCACCUCGGACGAUUGCCUUCAGUGUGGCAGAGACCGUGAGACAAGGCGCCGCCGUGCCGAGACUUGCACCACCUGCGAUGCUGGUUACACCAACCUUGACGGGGACGACACGUGUGAGCCUGUUGGGUGUCCAUACAACUCUACUGGAGACAGCGUCGUGGACGGAUGCAAGUGCGAUGUUGGAUUUGUCGGUCUGAUCCGACCUCUUUCCGGGUAA